AUGGCUUCCACUGAUACGGAUGUUGAAGUGGUUCUGGCUUUCCAUGGUUUCCUGGGCGGCGAUGCCAUGUGGGUGGAAGAGUCGGAGAAGCCAGAGCCUGCAGACUUCGUCGGCUCCUUUAUCAACAGCGAUGGCCAAAUAGCCGCCUGCAUGGAAUCCUGGUGCCGUUUCCAUGGAGACCGCGAAACUCAGGCGCUAAAGUUCUCACGCAAAGGGACAUAUAUGGGCGACUGGCUGGCCACCGAGAAUGAUGGUACCGGGAUGGUCUGGAAGAAGGGUAAACAGACCAUGUGGUGGGGGCGCCUGCCAGCAAAUGGAAAGGAGAUUGCGCAAAAGCACAUCCUGACAACCGAGUGGUUGACUUCCGAAGGUGACAUCGUGCAACCGGAGGGCUCAAAGCUCAAAUUCAUGUCUGGCCACACAGUGACUUUGGGGCUGGACGGUACCGUUGUGAAACUUGACACACGCCCUCGGAUGGUGCUUGCGGAGUUCGAUGCCGACAAGAAGGAAAUUGUCUGGCGCCGGCUGUUGCGAAACGACCUCAAGCUCAUCCGUUGGUACGGUACCACUAGUUUGAACUGA